CGUCGUUGUAUGGACAAGAAAGGCAAGAAUGGCAGCCGCCUGUAGGAUCGUAUGUGAUGAGUUUCAAUUAUAAAGAAGGACGGAUCCUCCAGAUCUGCUCGAACAAACUCUCAUACUUCAAUUUCUCCCUUGUCGAAACACCUUUCCGGAACCAUAUCUAUACAAAGACGCCGGGAUGGUUCAGAAGCUCAAGAUUGCCGCUGCCGGUCUUGGUCGUAUGGGUGCUCGCCACGCCAUCAACUUCUUGCACCGCACUCCUCGUGCAGAACUUGUUGCGGCCUUCACGCCAGAUCCGAAAGAGCUUGCGUGGGCAAGAACCAACCUGGAGCCUCACGGAGUCACACUUUACACAAACUACGAUGAGAUGAUCAAGCAAGAGGGUCUGCAAGCUGUUGUCAUCGGAACUGCCACAUCAGUCCACGCCGAGGAAGCCAUCAAGGCAAUGCACCAAGGUCUGCACGUCUUGUGCGAGAAGCCUCUCUCAACUAGCAUCCCUGUGUGCAAGCAAGUCUUGGACGAAGCACUCAAGCACCCUCACCUAAAAGUCAUGUGUGGCUUCUCCCGCCGUUUCGAUGAGUCUUACCGUGAUGCUUGGGAGAAGAUGGACAGAGGCCUGAUUGGAAGACCUACAAUCAUCCGCAGUCAGACAUGCGAUAAGCACGACCCCAGCGGCUUCUUUGUCGAGUAUGCAGCUUGGUCUGGUGGUGUCUUUGUAGACAUGUCUGUUCACGACAUCGAUCUGGCCUUGUGGUUCUUCGGCGAUGAUAUCCAAGUCAAGAGCGUCUCCGCAUACGGUGUACGAGCAGUCCAACCAGAGCUCGCCAAGUACAACGACUAUGACAAUGCUAUGGGUAUUGUCGAGUUCUGGAACGGCCGAGUUGCAAACUUCUACUGUUCUAGAAUGAUGGCUCAUGGACAAGAAGACGUGACCGAGAUCAUCGGUACUGAAGGAAAGUUGACUGUCAAUAGCAACCCUCAGAAGAACUUUGUCAACUACUACGGUCCUCAAGGUGUUACACGAGAGGUUCCCGCGCAUUACUAUGGCCGCUUCGAACAAGCGUUCGUAGGAGAAGCAAAUGAGUUUGCUGCUGCCUGUCUGGACAACACCGCGCUUCCCUUGAAGCUACGUAACGCCGUGAAGGCCGUCGAGAUUGGUGCUCUGUUGCAGGAAGCCCUGGUCAAGGGCAUUCAGAUUCGCCUAAACGAAGCUGGACAGCGUAUUGCCGAUGCGCCGGCAUCAAAGUUGUAG